AUGAACUUGGCGCUAAUUUCCGGUAAAGGAGCGCCAAAGAAACAGCGUCCCUCGAUACGCACAUGUAAUAUGACUGAUUAUAUCAAUACACAAACUUUGAAAACGAUCUUUGGAGAAUGCUCUGAUGAAGACAAGCAAGCACUCACAAACUGGGCCGAAUGUCCUGUUGGCGGAGUCUCUACAGCGUUGUUUGUAAGUUCUGACAUGCCCAGAUUUUGCUCUAGGGCCAAUUGCAAUGAUAUGGCUGUUAUAGAUGACACGAAAGAAAAUGCUUACUUCGCAACUUUGAUUGAGAUAUACGAUGAAAGGAGUAAUGAGCAACUGCUUACUGAUGACUGCACAUUCCAAAUGACAAAACGAUCUCAUCUACAGUCAAAACCAUCAAUCGUUGACAACGUAGAGUACCGAACACUUUCCGCUUAUCCCAGGCGAGGUAACGCUAAAUACGUCACUUGA